AUGUCGACAGCUACCCCAUCUACGUCUCCUCGCAAGUCGAUGCCCUCUGCAUUGACAUUUGACUUGCACGCAAAAUGUUCUACCACUAAAGCCCGAGCGAGCACGUUACACCUACCUCAUGGCUCUGUUCCGCUUCCGAUAUUCAUGCCCGUCGCUACUCAGGCCUCCCUCAAGGGCUUGACGUAUGAUCAAUUGAAAGAUUCUGGUUGUAUGCUUUGCCUGAAUAAUACAUAUCAUCUCGGCUUGAAACCGGGCCAGGAAGUGUUGGACCUUGUCGGUGGAGCACAUAAAUUUCAGGGUUGGGAUAGGAAUAUAUUGACGGAUAGUGGCGGAUUCCAAAUGGUCUCCUUAUUGAAGCUGGCUACUGUCACAGAAGAAGGCGUAAGGUUUCUGAGUCCGCAUGAUGGCACACCGAUGCUUCUUACACCCGAACACUCCAUAUCCCUCCAGAACUCAAUUGGCUCCGACAUUAUGAUGCAACUCGACGACGUUAUCGUAACCACAUCGCCGGAUCGCGCGAGAAUGCAGGAAGCUAUGGAACGAUCCGUACGAUGGCUCGAUCGCUGUAUCGAUGCGCACAAGUAUCCCGAACGACAGAAUCUGUUUUGCAUUAUUCAGGGCGGUCUUGACCUUGAACUGAGACGGAAGUGUUGUGAGGAAAUGGUCGCACGAGAUACGCCGGGGAUUGCGAUUGGUGGUUUAUCUGGUGGAGAGGCGAAAGACGAGUACUGUAAAGUAGUCGACACUUGUACUGGACUGCUUCCAGAUGGGAAGCCCAGAUAUGUCAUGGGAGUGGGAUACCCAGAAGAUCUCGUCGUCUCCGUCGCUUUAGGCGCAGACAUGUUUGAUUGCGUAUGGCCAACACGAACAGCAAGAUUCGGCGCUGCAAUCACCCCCUACGGCGUCAUCAACCUCCGCAACAAAGCAUACGCACAUGACUUCUCCCCAAUCCAAGACGGCUGUAAAUGCCCGUGCUGCCGACCAAAAUCCGAAGGCGGAUUAGGUAUUACAAAGGCAUAUGUCCACCAUCUAGCUGUGAAGGAAACUGUUGGAGCUCAUCUACUCACGAUGCAUAACGUUCAAUAUCAACUUUCACUUAUGGGUUCAAUCAGAGAAGCUAUUCUCAAAGAUCGAUAUCCCGCGUUUAUUCGCAAGUUUUUCGAGGAUUAUUAUGGGUCACGCCAUAAUGCGCCGCAGUGGGCUGUUGAUGCAUUGAAGAGGGUUAAUGUUGAUCUUUUGGCGGAAUAA